GUAUUAAGUGUAUUUAAUGACUUCGGCUGUUGUGUGGGGAAUGUUCACCGCGCGGGUUGGUCGGGGUGGGUGGCAUGAGCCGGUGCUCUGGGGCGGAACCAGCGUCGAGCGCCUCGGUGCUCCAGUCGGGGCUUUACAAAGUGUAACACCGUGUACGGCGUCCGGCCUCCCGCCGUGCCAUCGGAGGGAGAGCUCCGCCGACCGAGCCGCGGCCCUCCGCCGUCUGCGACUCGCCCGCCGCUCCGCCGGGAGCACGAUGGCGACCGCGGCCAUGGAGGGAAGCGCCAACUCCCGAGUGGGCAUCAGUUCCCAGGAGCUCCUGCAGGAGGUGAAGGCAUUCCUCAGCGGCACGGACCCGGUUCAGGGCCACAAGCUGACAGUGAAGGAGCACGCGCGCUGCGGGAUCCUGUUGCUGCGGAACCUGCCCCCGGCGCGGGCGGCCGUGCUCGAGCACCUGCGGACCGUCUUCGAUGAGUCGGUGGCCGGCUACAUCCUGGCGCUGGAGCGGGAGGGGAGCUCGGCGGGGGCGCUGGCCGGCCCGGGGCUGGACGACGUGACGCAGGAGAUCCAGGGCGUGCUGUCCGAGUUCGUCCGCUCCAACCCCGCCUCCUGGGCGCCCCUGGUCUCGGGCUGGUCCAUCGACCUGAUGGGGCAGCUGAGCAGCAAGUACUCGGGCCGGCACAGGGUGCCGCACGCCAGCAGCCUGAACGAGCUGCUACAGCUCUGGAUGUCCUGCAAGGCCACCAGGGCCCUGAUGGAGAUCUACGUGCAGUGCCUGUCCUCCAUGAUCAGCAGCUGCCCCGACGCCUGCGUGGACGCGCUCCUCGACACCUCGGUCCAGCACUCGCCCCACUUCGACUGGGUGGUGGCCCACAUCGGCUCCUCCUUCCCCAACACCAUCAUCAGCCGCGUGCUGUCCUGCGGUCUGAAGGACUUCUGCCUCCACGGGGGCCCCUCGCCGGCCGACCCCCUCCUGCUGCCCCCCUCCGCCGCCGACCAGCGCGUGCCCAAGAUCGCCUCGGUGGUGGGCAUCCUGGGGCACCUGGCCACCCGGCACGCCGACAGCAUCAAGCAGGAGCUGCUGCUGAUGUUCCACGGGAGCCUGGGGCCCGGCCGGGAGCCGCCGGCCCCCCACCGCGAGGCCACCGUCCCCUUCCUGCUCCAGCUGGCGGCCAUGUCGCCGGCCCUGCUGGGGGCCGUCUCGGCCGAGCUGGUGGAGUCGCUGAAGCCGCCGGUGCUGGAGCAGCUGCACCAGCGCUUCGCCGGGCUGGCCCGCGAGGAGGCUGACAACCUGCUGGGGCUGCUGGUGCACCUGGUGUGCCAGAGCGGGGCCGGCGCCCACCGCGUGCUGGGCUUCCUGCUGGAGACGGCGGCCCCCGCCUCCGUCAUCACGGCGCCGGGCCUGGCCGUCCGCGACAGCGUCCGCGAGGCCUGCCAGCGCGUGGUCCAGCUCCUGCUGCUCCACCUGCAGCGGCUGGUGUACGGCCGGGCCCCGGGCCCCGGGGCCGAGGGCCAGCCGCGGCCCGUGCCCUUCCUGGACGGGCUGAAGGACCGGCUGCCCGAGCUGUGCCGCCGGGCGCUGCGGCCCGAGUGCAAGCGGCACCCCUGGCCCCACCAGCUGCUGGGCCUGCUGGCCGUCUACUGCGGCCCCGGCUGGGCGGCCGAGGCCCUGUGUGAGCUGCUGGCCCUGGCUUCCCGCCCGGAGGAGCUGGCCCUGGCCGCCCAGCUCAGCUCGGCCCUCUCCUCCUCGGUGCCGGGCCUGGUCCCGGACACCGCCGGCCGCUGCGUGGCGCGCCUGCACUCCCAGGCCCCGGCCGCCGAGUGCCGGCGUCUGCUGCUGAACCUCGCCUCCCUGGCGAGGGCCGAGGAGGAGGAGGAGGGGGCGGAGGAGGCAGAGGGGGGCGGAGGGGGGGCAGGCGGCCUCGCCCGGGCCCUCGCCGGCCAUGCCCCGCAGCUGGGCCGCCUCCUGCUGCCGGCCCGGACGGCGGGGGCUGGCGUCGCAGAGGGGGCCGCCCGGCUGCUGGCCGCCCUGCCCCUGCCCCCAUCGCCCUCCGGCCUGGGGCCAGCCCAGCUCUCGGGCCUGGUGCGGGCUGCCUCCUCCCGCUUCUUCCUGGGGCUCCGGCAGGGCCGGGGUGAUCGGGCGCCGGCCGGGGAGCUGCUGGCCCGCUUGGCCUCCUCAUCGCCGGCCGCCCAGCGCGCCGUUCUGCGCCAGCUGGUGGCCUCGGCCCUGCACCCGGCCAACGGCACCCUAUUCGGCAGCCAGCCUGCGAGUCCCGGCCCCACCCCCUCCCCGCCAGGCCCCAACGACUCCCUGCUGGGGGCCAACCGCGAGCUCGGAGCCGCCGUCGGCUUCGGCGGCGUCUGGGCCGUCUCCCACGCCGGGGUGAUCGGCCGCGGCUUGAAGCCGCCCCCUGGCCCGGGGGCCCUGCCCCAGGGCGAGGCCCAGGCCAACGCCUACCGGCUGCUGGCCCUGACCGUCCGCUGCGCCUGCGGCGAGACCCCGGGGCGGGUGAGCGCAGAGGCCGCCCAGGCCGUGGCCCUGGCCCUGGUCGAGGGCCUGUGCCCCGACGUGACGGCCAGCGAGCUGGCCUGGCCCCCGGAGGAGCAGGCCCGGGGCACGGUGGAGCGGGACCUGCAGAUCCGGAAUCGCUUCCAGGAGAGCCCGCUGCUCUUCGGCUUCCUGCGGCUGGUGGCGCUGGGCCCGCCGGCCCUCUGCCACUGCUCCGUGCUGCUGCGGGCCCUGCUGGCCACGCUGGUGGCCCACUGGGAGGCCUCGCGUCACGCCAGCGCCACCGCCUCGGCCUGGCCCCUGCACGCCUCCCGCGAGCUGCUGGACUGCAUGGCGGAGGGGCAGUUGCUCCCACCGGAGCUGGGCUGCAUGCACGAGGUCUUCCACCUGCUGGUGCCCUUCGAGGUGCGCCUCCUGCUCCUCGGCGUCUGGGCCUACCUGCGGGCCAACGGGCCGCUGCCCCAGAAGUUCAGCUUCGACGCCGAAACGGGCUGCUUCUACCGCGAGUUCCCCCGGGACGCCGACCUGGACCGCUGCCUCGGCCUGCUGCACAGCGUCCUGCACAAGAACAUCGACCGGCUGGGCCACCUCUACGGCCACUUCCAGCUCUGACCGCUUUACAACUCCCGAUCCAUUUCCUCUGUCCCGCAUUCAUCUACCCUCUCGUACCACGAUAUUCUCCCCAUCCAACGAAAUUCCCCCAUCCCUGUCCCACACCAUUCCCUUUCCCCCGUUCCCACACCAUUC